AUGGAGCAAAAUUAUAGGCUUGCUUAUGCCGAGGGGGAGGUGUUUGCUUAUCCUAAGCAAUAUCGUCGUUUGGUAGGACAUCUGGUUUAUUUGUCUGUGACUCGCCCUGAAUUGAGUUAUUCAGUGCACACUCUCGCUCAGUUUUUAAGUGCACCACAAGUGUUACGUUGGGAUGCUGCAACUCGUGUUUUGCGCUACUUGAAAUGUAGCCCUGGCCAAGGAAUUUUACUACGCCCUAUGCCUAAUAUGUCUCUUACGACAUUUUGUGAUAGUGAUUGGGCGGCUUGUCCGUUAACUCGUCGUUCUUUAUCUGGUUAUUUGGUUUUUUUGUUGCGUUCUCCGAUAUCUUGGAAGACAAAGAAACAACCUACUGUGUCUCGUUCGUCUGCUACAGCUGAGUACCGUUCUAUGGUCGUAUCUAUACGCGCGUGA